CACACGCACACAAAAAGAGAGGGAGAGAGGCAGCUCUGGGACCAACUCAACUAUUUUAUUUUAUUUUAUUUUUUAAUUUCCCGACGUAACGCGACAAUGUUAAUUACCUGGACGUAAAUAUCGCUUCCAAACUUGGACAUUCGAUUUAUUUUGUCACAUUUAUUUAUUUUAUUUAGGCAAAUUUAUCGAGUUGCUCGCUCAUCCGUAGAUUAAAUAUAUAGAAAUUGUCAUUAUUAACAUUUGAAUUGGCGAACUUUGGCCACACCUCGAGCCUGCCCUAUUUCUACAUAAAAAAAAAAAAAAACAUUUUUUUUUCUUGGUUUCUUUUUUCCCUCUGGUUCGGUGGUGGUGCGUUUGUUUUUGUGACUGCAAGUCCCGGCGGCGUAACCGGAGAGGGGGCCUCAUAGAGGGAAUGCAGGACUGCAAUGGAGCACAAUGCAAUACAGUGGUUGGGUGCUCCCUCCUGCCAGAGAGGCAGCUACGCCUUCUACAAGUCAGUCGGCAGCAAGACUGGAGCCGAUGGCCCCUUGCGAGUUUGGAGGCUGGGCGAAUUUUACUUUGUUCGGUGCGCACCGGGGGAUCCCGUGUGCAUUGCUGAGGUGACCUUACUGUGGGAAGACCAGGCACAGCGCCACCUCCUGGCCAGUGCGAGACUGUACUUCCUGCCUGAAGACACACCAAAGGGUCGAACGAGGGAGCAUGGAGAGGACGAGGUUCUGGCCGUGUCCCGAAAAAUGGUACUGCGAGUGGAGGACCUGGUCCGGUGGUCGUGCGCCGAACCGUUAGGGUGGAGUCACACACCCAACGGCCUUAACAAACCACCACAGAGCAGCGACGUUGACGGUGUCUGUGUGACCGACUACAAACCCCUGAAAGACAAGCGCGAAAACGUUGUGGCUGAAAGCCAGAGCGUCAAAGUCCUUAGUUACCCUCAAUACUGCCGCUACCGCUCGCUGCAGAGGCGCAUCCAGGAUGGUGCCCGGGGCCCGACCCUGCAGGAUGCCCACCUGUUAGCGUUAGGUGGCAUCAGGGCGACGCCCAGCACCCGCUUGAUGUACUGCAGGGACACCUUCAACCACCCGACGCUGGAAAGCAGCGUCAGCUUCUCCUGGCAGUUCCGGUGUCCAUCUCAUAGCCUCCGAGGUCGACCUCGCAAAAGACGAGGCCGCGACGACAGAGACGAUAUGACCUCCAGCCAGUCCGAAUCCUGGAUCGAGAGGAUGAAGGAAAAUGUGAUGGGCAGCGUGGAGGAUGGCGGCGAGAGCGGCUGGCUGCCCCAUCCUGAAGAGCAGAUGUUCCUAGAUGAGCUAUUCGCCUUCAUGGAGCGUCAAGGCUCGCCCAUCCACAAAGUGCCCAACCUUGGCUUUAAGAAGAUCGACCUCUUCCUCAUGUACUCUUUGGUCAGACGUCUCGGAGGCUACGAAAAGGUGACGUCCGAGCGUUUGUGGAAGGUGGUUUACAACGAGUUGGGUGGAUGUCCCGGCAGCACCAGUGCUGCAACCUGUACUAGGAGACACUACGAAAGGCUGAUGCUGCCCUAUGAAGAGCACCUGAUAGCCGGAGGCAGGGAAUUCCAAAUCCCAGAAUGCGCACUACCCAUCAAGCCGCGAGGCAUCCGGGGAAGGAAGCCACUGCCGCGAGGCAGAAAGCCAGGACCCAAAGUCAAAGCCAAGCUGGUGGUUGCCACUUCACCGACCACUAUCACCACCGCUGACGGCACUGUAGUGGUGGUGAAGCGAGGGCGAGGCCGGCCGCCCGGCAAGCGCAACAAGGCCACGCUGCUUGCUCAGGCCAAACUGCAGGCUCAGCAACAAGCCAAAGACAACACAGAGUCUCCCAAGCCUCUUCCUCUGGUCCGGAGCGCCAAUGGGCUCACGGCGCCAAAUAUCGCUACGCAACAGGUGUCGCAGCCUGUUCCGUCUCCCUCCCUGCAGCCCAUCCAGCCGACGCUCCUCCCCAUCAACCUGCCCCUUACGCCAGACCUCUCCCCCUUGUCCUCCCCCUUUCUUUCCUUUCCGCCCAAGCAAAAGGACCUCAAGGAUCGGGUUGUGGAGCCUGUAGCUCUGGCUCCUGGCACAGUCCUCUCUGCGCUGCCCUCCGCGCUGCCUCGCCACUUCGUGGGAGGAUCGCUGGGCGGGUUCAGUCCCAUCAAAGGUCUGUGUCCCUUGGACGUGCUCAGGAACCGUGUGGGCUUCCAGAUGGUCAAGGACAGUCCGAUGCCCAAGGAGCCGGGUCGACCGCAGGCUGCCAUCUACACCAUCCAGCCCAAACACCAAAGCCCGACUAACCCACUCCCGAGUGGAGAAUGGCUGCCUCCCCCAGCCCGCCCGAUCCGACAGCACGAGGAAGCCCAGAGGGCGAACGCUCGGGACACCGGGAACCGCCACCCCCCUCCGCCCCCUCUCCGGGUCCUACCUUUGGACCUGGACUGUAGCGUAAAAGUCCGACAGCUGAUGAGGAGUCCUCUGGGCUCGAGUCAGUUCCAAACUUUCACCCGUCGGCUGUCUGAAGCGCUCGCUCAGGACCUGAGCGCCAAGCCUCCCAGCUCGCCGGUCACGCCGCCACCCGAGCAGGCCCUGCCGCUCAACCUCAGCAAGCGCUUUACGCUCAAGAGACCCGGCACGGACACUGCGGCGCUCCCUCCGUUGACCGCUAACGGAACGGCAGACCAGACGUCUCCCAAGAGAAGCAAAAUGGACCACUCUGAGAACGCAAAGGAUUUGAGUCAUUGCGUCAGCAGCAGUGCACACGCCACCUCUGGGGGCAACGGAAGUGAGGGCCAGGAUCUGGGAGCAAAGAACCAAGAGGAACCGGCAGACCUGAGCUCCCCCAGCAGGAUCAGGGCCUUUCUGCUCGGCCUGCCACCGUUCCAGGUGAAACUGGACGAGGAUGCGAAUGGGGCCAAGUCGGGCAAAGUCCUUCCGUCGGGCUCCGGGUCGGAAAGCCCGAAGACUGUGAAGAUCAAGAAAGAGGCCGAGCCCGUGGAGCUGAGCGACUGCCAGGUGGACUCCCUGACCGAACAGGUAGCAAAUGAGGAGAUGCUAAACGAGGGCAUGGUGAAGGAAGGGAAUGGCAAAAUGGAGGACUUGAGCGAUCAGUUGUGUGAGGUGGAAGCCUCCAAAGGCCACCUGAGCCCCGUUCUCCCCCAGGCCAGCACUCUGGUCUUGGCCCAGCAGAGCUGAAAACAGUUGACCUUCAAGUUUUGCUCUUCAUCACAAGCGUCCCGCUCUCGUUCUGGACAACAACUGAACUCAUGAACUUUGGUUUUGUGGCUUUUGAUGACAUUCUUACAGACAAUCACAAAACAUUUCUUUCUCUUCAGUUGAAACAAGAAGCAGAGAACAACACUGCCGCGUCGCCCCGCCCUUGCCGCCACUCGUUAUUCAAAAGAAUAUUGAAUAAGAUGCAUAAAUAAUUCAAAUCCAAGUCUAUUAUGCAUUGGGUGAUGCUAUGUAUUGAGGCGCCAUAACCAACUGUACUGUAGUCCGCUAUCUUAAAAUUGAAAUUGUACUCUACUUCUGUUUAGAGAUAUUUUCUGAUUUAAAAAAAAAAAAAAAAAAGUUCUCGGGAGUCUUCGCAUUAUAAAUAUAUAUAUAUAUACAUAUACAGUAUAUAUAUAGCUCAUUGCGUGAAGCGCUCCUGUAGUCGUGCUCGUUAGUUAGCUAGGCAUUAUAUAAAGUGUAUUAUUAACUGGCUUUUACGACACGAACGUGCCUUAGGGGCCCGCGGCCAUCGCGGCUUCGCUUUGCUUUAAAGAGAUACCUUGAUGUCGGAACUAUUGCUACAAGGAACAGGGUCCAAUGUGUCCAUGUUCCCGUAUACCGUAGGCGAGUCUGUGAUUACGCAAAAUCGUUCUUUCAUUCGCCGCCAGACCCCUCCCACUUCAAAUGGAUUGGACAUCUAUCGCCGUUAAUGGCAGACAAUGAGUUAGUUUUCAUGUUUAUCGCUAUACAGCACAGAGGCAUAGAUCAGGGGUGUUAAACUAAUUUUUGUCGCGGGCCACAUUGUAGUUCUGGUUUCCUUCGGAGGGCCAUUCUGUCGGCCAAUCCAUGUAAGUAUUCAACUCUUUUGGCUGCCAUUGACAUUUUGACUGGGAGGAGCGAAUGAACAAAUGGAUUGGACGUCCAGCGUCAUCAAUAGCAGGCAAACUAGGGCUGUCAGGAUUAAUUGAUUAGCAAUUGAAUGGGUCGUCUAUUUUGUUACCCAAUAUUUCGCUAAGAAAAAUCAAAAUCUCGGAAAAUUGUAUGGACAAAAAAAAAAUUGUUUUAAAGAAUCGUUUUUUAAAUUGGUUGAUUUUUUGGGACUCAGCCACCAAAGGAAAACAAAAAGCAAGACUUAACAUGUCAAGGUGUCUCUUUAAAUUCUGCCUUUUUCCUUUGGAAAUCAUCAGCUGACUUUCUGGUUCAAAUUUGCACACUUCCAUAUUAAUAUGCCUGUUUAUUAUUACCUUGGUCUUUCUGAAAGAAAGAACAAGGUAUUGUUAUUGUGCAACUUUAUUGUACUUAUUAUUUAUUCAUCUUAUUCUCCGCGUUUUUUUGAGCCAACGCACAGCCCAAACCGUAGCACCGAUCGGCACCGUUCAAGUAUCGGCACGACCGGAUUUUUCGUGUGACGAUGGGAAUUUUUCAAACCGCCACGAAAAAUUUUCCGUUCGCCCGUAAACGGCAAUUUUCCGAAAAAUUAAAAAAGUUUCAAAAUGUAUCUAGUCCUACAAUUUUUGACCAAAUCACAUAAUUUGGGCAUCAAAAAUUCCGGGAUGGUGAGGGGCAUAAAAGUUGUAUACAGAAUUUGGCA